CCCGCCCCCCUCCCGCCAGCCGCCGCCCCCGGCUGUGACUGCUCCAACAUCUCCAUCAUGCAGCUCUUUCACGAGCUCAAGCAGAAGUUCCCCGCCGUGCCCGACAGAGUCGUCAGUCAGUGCAUCCGACAGAACGUGCAUGACAAGGCGGCGUGCGAGGCGAUCCUGCGCGUCGAGAACAGCGCCUACCUGCUGCACACGAGCUACCCGGCGUCACUGAAGAUGUCGGCCGCGGGCGCGGCGCAGGCGCCCGCCCCCGGCUCACCCUGCUGCUGCGGCCGCCCCCAGUCUGCCUCUUCCGCCGGCACGUCGCCGCCUGGUCAGCAGCAGCAGCCGCCUCCACAGAGGCCCUCGUCGCUGCCGCUGCGACGUCCGCUCUCGGUGCCCGAGCCGCCGCCUCCUCCGCCCCCGCCGCCACCGGGCGGAGGCAGCCGUCCGCGGCCUGCGCUCUCCGCCCCCGAAGAGCCGCCGGGCCCUUUCCCGCCGCCGCCCCCGGCGCCUCCUCUCAGCUCUCCGGAGGGCGGCGGCGCGUCCUACUCGCUGAGCGUCAACUGCAGCGUGGAGCGCGUGCUGGACUCGCGCGUGCGCACCUCCUUGCGGCUGGAGCCGACGCCGCACUACGCGCCGCCGUUCGCGCCGUCGCAGUCGCAGCCGCAGCAGGCGCGCUCCGUCACCUCCGUCAACCUGACGCUGCGCUCGCCGCGCACCGAUGGCCCGCAGCCGCCCGUCGACGUGACGUCGUCGGCCGCGGCGCGCGGCCGCCAGCAGCUCAGCUACUCGACGGCCAGCUGGGACCCGGCGCAGGGCUUCCAGUCGCAGCUGCGCAUCUGCAUCGGGCCCGGCGGCGCCGGCUCGGUGCAGGCGGCGCGCACGCGGCCCUCCCCUGCGGCCGCGGCGCCGCCUCCCGCCCCUGCGCCCGUUCGCGUGCCCUCGGCGGCGCCGCACCCUGCCGCCGCGCCGCCCUCGCCGCCCCCUUCGCCGCCUCUCGCCCCAGACACGCCGACGGACGAGGAGCUGCUACGGGCACAGGUGCGCUCCCUCGGCGGCGACCACCUGCGACCCUACACACAAGGCCACAUGCUGACUGCGCUGCCCAACUUGGUGCCAUCCAGAUCUUCUGCGUCUACUCAGCAGCGACCAUACUCAAGGUCCCUGUCAGAGCGACUCCGAGAAUCUGCUGAGCGCUGCAGCUUGUCCCAGCAAUGCCCCUGGCUCGACUUAGAGCUGCUGGCGCGCCAGCUGGACCGGAAGAACCGGCUGGAGCGCGCGCUGCGCCGCGAGCAGGAGAAGCUGCGCCGCAUGCAAGAAGAGAAGCGCGCCAUGGAGGCCGACCUGGCUCGGAGGCGCGCGCACCAGCCCUGCCUCUGCCCCGUCUCCUCCGUCCUUCAGAAGGUGCAAAGGUUGCGGGAUGAGAUUCAUCAGUUGCAAGAAGAAUGCAAGAAAAUGAGCCAGGAGGUUGAUCUUAGUGUUGAUGCCAGAGUUCCUCUGGGUGAAACAGAUGAGGAAUUCUACAAAAACAUCUAUACAGGCCAACGUGGUGUGGUAAUGCCUCCAGAGGAAAUGCCAUUCUCUCCUGAUAGCAGAUCACGGCAGUUUCGGCAUGAUCAUGCACAUCCUACAGCCACGCAUCAAGCCCCAUCCCCCACGGCGCCAGCUGGGGAGUCAACCACUGACGGACCCAGUUGGAUGUGUUCAGAGUGUACAUUCCGCAACCACCCUUUGCUGGACAAGUGCGAGCAGUGUGAAAUGCCGCGCAUCCUGCUAGGUGGGGAAACGCAAGAUAUUCAUAUCCACGUGACUCAUCAUCACAAUUUUCCUAUAAGAAAAAGACUGCUGCUGGAGAUGAACUGUGACAUCAGAUACACAGACCAAUUGAGCUGUGUUUAGCAGUUAGCAGAUCAGUUAAAAUAUUGCUUGGAAGAGCAGUUUUUCAUGUAUGCUUAAUUGCAAUGUGAUACUAAUGUGGAAAGACAAUGAUCCCUCCUUCCAUGAGAACUUGAAGAUAUCAUCUGUUCAAGGAAAGUUUGUUGUACUACUGAGAGAUGGGUAUCCUGCUAAUGGCUGCACUCUUUACCUAUUGGGAGUGCUUCGCAGUUGGGUUGUCUGAAGCUUGUUUGGUGGAGGCUGCCCAAGGAGGAGACACCUGAAGAGUUGUCUGCUGGGAAUUGCUCCACGUGGAUGAACUUUGCUUUCUGACUGUGAAAUGUUGCUGACUGAAAAACAAAGCAUCUUACUUCAUUGGUUUGGAAAUACAGUCAGUCACCUGCUGCUGAUGUCUGGGGAGCAAUUCCUUUUUGUAAUACUAUGUGUAUCUGUCUGGAACAGAGAUCAGUUGUAGGUUCAGUGGCAUUCCUCUUGCUUCCUGUGUACAUACAAAUAUAUUGAGGGAGCUGUUGCAAGUAUGUACAAAAACUCAAAGUAAACCAAAGUUUUUUUU